AUGGCCGUCGAGGCUGCAUCGUCGUGGGCCGCCAUGGAUCUGUUGUCGUCCCUGCUGGUCCGCGCCAUCUCUGUCAUCUGUCUCGCAUUGGGGACCGUCAUCAUCCUGCCCCUCUUCUUCUGCGUCGGAUACGACUUGUUCCUCUGGAUAUGGAGGCAAUGGAGUAAUCUGUUCUCGGCCCCGGAACGCCAAGGCGCAUCGACACCUGUGCCCAGCGACUCCUCGGCCACCUCAACGUCCAAGGACGCUCGAGACCAAAGCUCACGCGAGUGA